AUGGGAGCGAAGCCUUCAAGGGGUUUGUCCUCCCAGGAGUUAAAACAGCCGCUGCUGCCACUGACAACCCAUUGCGCGGCCUACAAGCCAGAAGGCAGCUGGCUGAGUACGCAGCCUCCCCAAAGUGGAGGAAGCCAACCCUCAGCUCCGGCCAGCUUCAAGGCCGGCAAGCCAAGAAAAACCAGAGAUUUCAUCGACGGCGAGAUAACUCUGCGUUCUACGUGCACUAGGCACGUAUGGGAUGGAGAGAGCUUCGACCCGCGAUUCGUCACUGAAGAGCAGACAACUCAUGCUAUCAGUGGACAGGUGGCAACCCUCGUAUGCCGCUAUGUGGACGAGGGAAGACAGGGAGGGAAGGCUCGGGAAAAGAGCAACGACGACUUCCAUGAGGAUCACUUCCUGCGUCGGAGAUGGUGUUGCUGUCCCCGCAGAAAAAAGAAGCCCGAUCUGUCGCAUGAGGCUGUCUUGACUUUUCUCAAUGAUAUUUCGGACUCCCUGUAUUUUUGCAAGCAGGUGGUUGUUUUGUGUGCAAUUUACAUCGAGCGCUUGAUUGCGCAAACUGACACAGUGCUGACGGUUGGCAACUGGCGCUCACUUGUCACCGCCGGCCUACUAAUUGCAUCCAAGGUAUGGGAAGAUAUCCACCCUUGGAAUGCUGACUUUGAGGAAUGCCUCCUUGAAGUUGCAGGAAUCCGCUACAAAUCCGGCGCACUUUACCGCUUGGAGUCUAUGUUCUUGCAGAAGCUGCAGUGGAAAGUGUUCGUGGAUGCCAAGAUCUAUGCUGCCUACUUCUUCUCCUUGAUGGAAGGAAUAAGGCAAGGAUGCGGUCUUCCUCUCCUAGUUCUCCAGCAGCUGGAGUCACUACUUCAGCCUUCAUGGAAGAUGUGCAGGCAGAACAGAAGCCAGAAGUUGAAGCAACGGUCGCAGAGGCCAAGGCAGCGUGCCUGGAAAUGUAUUUUGAAGUGUUGCGCGUGGUGUGCGGAGCCUGGGAGUGCCCUAAACUAA